AUGGAUCAACAAGGACAAUCCUCAGCGAUGAACUACGGCUCAAACCCAUACCAAACCAACGCCAUGACCACUGCACCAACCGGUCCAGACCACGCAGCGUACCACCAGAUCCACCAGCAACAACAGCAGCAGCUAACCCAACAGCUCCAGUCCUUCUGGGAGACUCAGUACAAAGAGAUUGAGAAAACCACCGACUUCAAGAACCACAGCCUCCCAUUAGCAAGAAUCAAGAAGAUCAUGAAAGCUGACGAAGACGUGAGGAUGAUCUCCGCAGAGGCACCUGUCGUGUUCGCAAGGGCCUGCGAGAUGUUCAUCCUUGAGCUGACACUAAGGUCGUGGAACCACACUGAGGAGAACAAGAGGCGGACGCUGCAGAAGAACGAUAUCGCCGCCGCUGUUACCCGAACUGACAUCUUCGACUUCCUUGUGGAUAUUGUUCCUCGUGAGGAUCUCCGUGAUGAAGUCUUGGGUGCGGUUGGUGCUGAAGCAGCAGCCACAGCAGCCGGUUUCCCUUAUGGUUACUUGCCUCCCGGUACAGCUCCGAUCGGUAACCCGGGUAUGGUUAUGGGUAACCCGGGCGCUUACCCGCCUAACCCGUAUAUGGGUCAACCGCUAUGGCAACAACAAGCUCCUGACCAACAGAAUCCUGAUAAUUAA